AUGUCCAUUGAGGCUGCCAUCCACACCCUUCAUUGGCACGAUAACAACCUCCCGAUUUAUUCGCUGGAUAUCCAGCGAACAAAUGUGCCCACGACCGGUACCCGUAGCGCACGCGUGGCUACUGGGGGAGGAGACAACAACGUGCGAAUCUGGCGUAUCAACUAUACAGAGACCAAAGUGGAAUCUGUGGAAUAUCUGAGCUCGCUCACAAAACACACCCAAGCAGUCAAUUGUGUUAGAUUCAAUCCGUCUGGCGAUAUGCUAGCGAGUGCUUCCGAUGACGGAACAAUAAUGAUAUGGUGUUUGUCGGAUAAAAUCAUCAAAGAGUUUGGCAACGAGGACGACGAUAUGAAGGAAAGUUGGUAUUUGGAGACGUCGUAUAGGUCCUCGACGCUUUCGGAGAUCUACGACAUCUCGUGGUCGCCGGACUCGAAGUACAUCUGUUGCGGAUCAAUGGACAAUAUCACGCGUAUAUUCAGCGUGGCCACGGGGGCCCUGAUUCGGCAAAUUGCCGAGCAUAACCACUACGUGCAAGGUGUCACGUGGGACCCCAGAAACGAGUAUAUUUGCUCUCAAUCGGCAGACAGGUCUGUCCAUAUCUACAAGAUAACGUCAGAAAAAGGAGCAGACUUGAAUCUCUCUCCCACCACCUUCUACAAGAUCAUUCGCGCAGAGCUACCGAGCAAGAGCCUCACCACAGAGGACCUCAAAGAGAACACCGAAAGCUCCAAUAUGGAACCUCCUUUGCAAACGCCCCGCCACAAACGGACGCAUUCGAAUUCAUCCACGUCCUCCUCGCAUUCCAUUGCGGUUUCGGCUACACGCUCGUCCUCUCCGCUUCCCGCGGUAAUGCCGGCUUCGCCGAAUCUUGUCUACAAAAGCCUGCAUCUCUACCACAACGAAACGCUCCAGUCUUUUUUCCGGCGACUCACAUUUUCUCCGGACGGCAUGCUAUUAUUCAGCUCCAGCGGAGUGUUCAAGACAGACGCGUCCGAGGAAAACAUCAACACUGUUUACAUACACACUCGAUUUGGUCUCAACAGGCCCCCGGUCGCGCAUCUGCCUGGAUUUAAGAAGCCGGCAAUAGCGAUCAAAUUUAGUCCCGUGCUAUACAAGCUUCUGGAGGGCGAAAGGAGUGUUUUCAAGCUGGACUAUCGCAUGGUGUUUGCCGUGGCCACGCAGGACUCGGUCGUCAUUUACGACACGCAAAGACUCAAGGCGCUGGGCAUCGUCUCCAACAUCCAUUACUCAGUGAUCACGGACCUGAGCUGGUCCUCGGACGGCCAGAUCCUGCUGGUUUCGAGCGCGGACGGAUUUGUGUCAAGUGUCAACAUAACGCGCUCGCUAGUCGGCGACGUGGAAACGUACAACGUGAGCGAGUAUCUGAGUGAGCACAAGCAGGAAAAGGUCCCGCCAAAUACUGGUCAACAGACCUCAAUCAUAGACCUGUUGAGCACGGACGCGACACCGGCGCCGGAGUCGAUUGGGAAACCGGGAGACUCGGUGCAGGUGAUCGACAUCACGACUCCGCGGUCGGAGCGCGACACGACGCCGGAGCCCGCGCCCAAGAGGGCAAAGAUAUAA